CCAACACCCCCCCUCAAGUUGAAGGUGGGAACAACUUCAACUUGCAAUGGAAUAAAAUCUGUGUUGACUUCAAUGUGUAUGUAGAUGAAAAACCCGUUGACCAAAACAGUAAGCUUCUGGUUUAGGAUCUUUGCUUUGGUUUGAACUUUGAAGUCUCUGCAGCAUCACUCUUCAUUGAUUCUUCAACAAGUUUCAUAGGAUAAUUGCUUCUUUCCACCAAAUAGAAGCUUGAACAAUGACUCCUAUUGUGAUGUUAGGAUGUUUCUCUUCCUUUUCAAGUACAUCCAGGAUUUUGCUCUUGUGUUCUACCAAUUUGAUCAUUGCUGCUGGGGCUUGUACUGCCAUUGUGACAAAACCACUUGAUACUACAUCAAUGAGGAUGCAACCUAGUGCAGUAGUGCCUUUGGGAAAUCCAAAAAGCCUAUGGGAAAACUUCACAGAGGGCAGCUUGAGUGAAGCAAUCUGAUCGCUUGAUCAUGAGCCUGAAGAAUCAUUUCAAAGUUAAAAGACUGCCCAUUCCAGAGAGUAAAUUCACCGCUUUGAGAUCCAGUAAUAAGACGUCUCCCAGUAGGUGUCCACACAACACGAUUAAUUGAACAACGGUUUUUGUUUAGGGAUGUAUGAACAAACUUUGCAGCAAAACUGGUGGAUGGGUUAUCAGAAUAGGCAACUGUGGUAGCAUAUCAACUGCAGCUGCAGGGGUAGGUUGCAACACAGUUCUGUCCCUUGAGUGAAGCAUUUGAUGGUCUUUGGAAUAUCUCUUUUAUUGACAUCCAACCAGCAACGUGAAUCAUGCAACAACGGAUGAUGAAGACGAGAUGACAAAUCAAUUGAUGAAUUCACAUGAAAACAUCAAAGGAUGAAAUGAAAUCAAUUGACAAAAGCAAUUGAUGAAAUCAACCGAAAACCGGAUGAUGAAGAAAGUGAAACUUGAUCAAAACGAUACGAGUGAAACUCGAUCAAAACGAUACGAGUGAAACUCAAUCAAACCGAUUGAGUGAAAUUGAUAGAUGAUGAAACUUCUGAAUUUCAGAAGUGAAAGAGAAUGAUUGAAACUGAACAUUCCAAUUAUGAGAAUGAAAAUGAAGAUAAGAGAACUUCAUGAAAAAUCUGUAAAGAUGCAGAUUUAAAAAUUUAAAUGGUGCUAAACAAGAGCACACAACUGAGUUCCAGGGGAUGACUGAAAAUCUGAAAAGGAUGAAUGCAUAUUUGCAACAAACUCCAAUUAUUAAAGCUGAAAUUGAAAAUCUUAGACAGGAAUUGCAGCGAUCAAGGGCUGCCAUUGAGGAUGAAAAUGAAAAUGAAUUUGGAUAUUCAAUUUGAGAAGUAACACAAUGAAUAGAGGAUGAAUAUGGAUCAACUGUGAUGAAAAUGGAAUGGAGAUGGCAAACUCAAAUGAAGAAUAUGUUCUGAAUUCUAUUCAAUCUGUGAUGAAACCUGAUUUGGAGAGAUCAAUGAAGGAGACCGGAAGAAUAGAGAGCCCAUAAUAGAGGAUCUUCAUAGACGGAACCACAUCCGUCGUUGAUUUCCAUAGGGAUGCGCUCUGGAGUCGACGGAGAUCCCACGUGGCGAGUUUGGUGGAUCUGAGCCUGGUGGCAGGGGAUCCGGAGAGCGCCUUGCUGCUUGUUACCGUACUCCUGCACCGACUAGUUGAGGAGGCGGACGAAGACGGGGUGGUGCAACAGCUCCGCGCUCACAACGAACCUCUCGAUCUCCACUCCGACGUACACCGGCAGGUGUCCCUCUGGCACUCCGAUCGAGCCAGAUCUGAGCUUUAUUGUCCUGAACGACUCAAACCGUCGCGAUUGAGACGGCGUUGCCGCCCGCGCCUCGGACGGGAGCAAGCUGUACUGCGACGAGUCAGCGAUGCGAGAUAAUCGGCAAAGAGAGAUGCAUCGAUCGGGGCUAAGACAGUGAUGAAAACGGCUUCUCCGCCUUCGACGAGAUCGUACUAGAGGUCGGAGGUGACAAUCGCUUUGUUGGAGAGACCGUGGCCUUUUCUUCACGGACGGCGUCGAAUUGGUUCAGGAUGACGAUGAGCAGAACGGCGGCGAUAAAUCCAGAUGUAGAGUACGCCAUUGGAGGAGGAGUCAGAGACGUGAGGUAAUUGAAGAUUCAGCUUCUUAGGAAAUCUCCCGGAGUUGAAAUUGAAGAUAAGGAGAGAAGAAUUGGGAAGCGUAAAAAUGGAAGAUAAGGAGUCAGAUUACUGGAGCUAUAGCAACCUG